AUGGCAUCUCCUUCAAGCGUUUUUCUCGUUGGCAUCGGGUAUAUCGGACAGAAUGUUCUGGAUGAACUCCUUGCUGCAAAACAUCCGGUUACAGCCUUGGUGCGCCGACCGGAACAGGCCUCAGAACUCGAAAAAAUUGGGGUCAAAACCGUUCUCGGCACCUUGAGCAAUCUCGACUUACUUACUGCACAAACUGUGCAGCAUGAGAUCACCAUAAACACGGCAUCAUGUGAUGACUUGCCUAGCGUCGAAGCCAUCUUGUCAGGCGUUCGACAGCGUGUUCAUGCAGGUCAAUCAUGCAUAUAUCUCCAUACAAGCGGAACUGGUGUGCUUGAAGAUGGUGCGGUGGGGAUGUACAAGAACAACAAGAUUUAUCGCGAUGAUGUCCCGGAAGAUAUUGACGCCAUACCAUCGACAUCCAUGCAUCGGCAUGUCGACAUCCCUAUUGUCCAAGCAGCACGCGAGCUUGGAGAUAAAGCCAAAAUUGCGAUAAUUCUUCCACCACUAGUCUAUGGAUUUAACCCGGCACACCAACGCCAUUCUUUCGGGCUGGUCGGCUUGGUGCGCUUCGCUAUGAAGCAUGGAUUUGCUGGCUAUGUCGGUGAGGGCCACAAUAUGUGGAGUGUUGUUCACGUUAAGGAUCUUGGUCAUGCUUAUACGGCGCUUCUGGCAUACAUCAAAAACUCUGAUCCUGAAACCCUCCAAAGAAAUCCGUAUUUCUUCGCCGAGAAUGGGUCCGAAAUUUCGAUGGGUGAAGGUUCAAAACACAUUUCUCGGGUUCUACACGACAUGGGCAAGAUCCAGAGUCCUCAGGCGCAGACCUUUUCUGAAGCCCACUAUCAGGAUGUAUUUGGUCCGUUGACUCCAGUGGGUUUAGGUUGCAAUUCGAGAAGCCGUGCGAUCAGGCUACGGGAGCUAGGCUGGGAACCCCGAGAAAGCACUGAUAUUUGGACGAGCUGGAAGGAAGAUGAAGUUCCGUCGAUAGUAGCAGGGCUGGAAUCUGCGUCAGCUUAG